ACACUGCUUCUCCUACACGUAUACAUACACAUAAACAAUUACUACUGCUAUAUUUAAUUACUUCCAGUUUCUAUUUAUGUUUUAGUAUAAAUCUCACGUCUGCAAAACAUGUAAUUUCCCAACACUUAGUUACUUCUCUGCUACUACCAAAACGCAACAAUUCUGAAUAUGAAGCGGGUUUCUUAUUCAUGGCUUUGCUGUGUUCUUGCUCUGCUGUGCAUCAGUUGCUGCGAUGGGGCUAUAAAGCUGCCGCCGGGUGUGACGAUUCCGGGAGUUUUUGCGUAUGGAGACUCCAUCGUCGAUCAGGGCAAUAACAAUGUCGUCAAGACGCUGUUGAAGUGCAAUUUUCCGCCUUACGGCAAGGACUUUCAAGGCGGAGUCCCCACGGGGAGGUACAGCAAUGGCAAGACACCGCCGGAUCUCAUAGCGGAAGAAUUAGGAAUAACAAAUUUCAUACCGGCGUAUCUUGAUCCCAAUUUGAAGGCUCAAGAUCUCCCAACCGGUGUAAGCUUUGCUUCCGGAGGAUGUGGAUACGACCCUCAAACAUCUCAAAUAGUGUCGGUCAUAUCAUUGUCUGAUCAAUUGAAGCAUUUCAAAGAGUACAUGGGGAAGCUGAAAGGGGCAGUUGGUGAAGAACGUGCAAACAACAUAGUGAGCAACAGCUUGCAUCUGGUGGUGGCAGGCAGUGAUGAUCUUGCAAAUACUUACUUCACCAUUGGCAUUCGUCGGGCGCAGUACGAUAUUUCUUCGUAUGCUGAUCUUGUUGUUUCCUCAGCUUCCAGUUUUAUACAGGAACUAUACCAGCUUGGGGCAAGAAGAAUAGCUGUUUUUGGCAUUCCACCAAUUGGAUGUUUGCCGGCUCAAAGAACGCUGGCAGGUGGCUCGUUGAGGGUGUGUUCGGAGGAGUACAACCAGGCAGCACAAUUGGUUAAUGCCAAGCUCUCGUCCACACUUGAGUCACUCAACCAAAGUUUGCCUCAGUCCAGAGUUGUUUACAUUGAUAUUUACAACCCUCUUCUUGAUCUCAUCCAACAUCCUCAAAAUUAUGGGUUUGAGGUUAAUGACAGAGGUUGCUGUGGCACGGGAAACAUUGAAGUUGUCAUACUGUGUAACAAAUACAGCGGGACAUGUCCGGAUGAUUCUAAGUACAUAUUCUGGGAUAGCUACCAUCCCACCGAGCAAGCAUACAAGAUUCUUGUCCAUCAAAUCAUUCAAAAAUAUGUCAACAGCUUCAUCUAACAACUGAAUCGACUCCACAAUUUAUUCAGGCAACACUAAUGUGCAAUGGUUAAGAGUGUUUUGUGUUAAUCCUUACAUAAUCCCCCGCUCUUGUCAUUUUCUUAAUUCUUGUGAUGUAAUGCAAUUGCCUCAACUGCUUUUGUGAUGUUAAUGCAAUCAAUGCAGUUUUCAUCUUUACGAA